AUGGAUAAAUAUACUAUCGACGAAAAUCUCGGUCUAGAUGCACUAGCCGAACGAAUUAUUGUGCAACGAAAAGAUUCAGAUGAAUCUUAUACUCUUUCAAAAAUGGAAUUAAUGGAUAUGACAACAACUGCUGUUGCAUAUCAAGAAUAUCUUCCUUUAAUGAAACUAUCAUAUGAACAUGUCGCAUCAUAUAUUGAUAUAUUUACAUCAGUUGAACAUAAAAUUAGUGCAACGUAUAUUAAUCUCGUAUCGGAAUAUUUUCCAAUGGGAAAUCUUGAUAAAUAUUUACGAAAAUUACGACAAACAAAAACUCCACUUGAUAAUCAAUUAAUUGAUGUUUGGUUUGCACAAAUUUUAGAUGGUUUAAUGUAUUUAUGGAGUCAAAAUAUUCUUCAUCGAAAUUUAAAACCAGAUUGUAUUUAUUUACGUGGAGAAAAUAACGAACAAAAUUGUUCAGUUAUUAUCGGUGAUAUGAUUCCACCAUCAGUUGCUUAUGAUGUUCGUAUGCGAACACGAUUGCCUCGUCGUGCACUUUCAUAUACAGCACCAGAAAUAUUAGAAUCUGGAGAAUAUUCCAUACAAUCAGAUAUCUAUUCAUUUGGUUCGACACUUUUAGAUAUGAUUACUUGUGAUAUAUUAAGUGAUGAUGAAACAUUGCAAUUACGUAUUUGUGCACGACAUGAUACUAAUAUAUUGUCUCAAACUCUUCAAAAUUUACAAAAGACACACAAAACAAUCUCGACAUUGAUUGGUCAAAUGAUGAUUCCAGAUCGACAAAAACGUUUGACAGAAGUAGAUUUACGACGUGAUGAUUAUAUAAUUGAAAGUAUGCAUAAUAUUGAUUCUGAUCAAAUGAAAUAUCCAUCUGAACGUGAUAAAAAAUGGGCUCGAGAUGGUUUAGCAAAAAAUGAAAAAUUUGAAUAUUAUUUAAAUUAUUUAAAACAACAUCGAAAUGCUGAAAGUCGUAUUGAACAUGCACUUCAAUUAUGUAAUCAAUCAAAAUCAAUUGAUUUAUCAAUAUUAGCAAAUAGUUUUCAGAAAGAUGUCAUACCUAUUGUCGAACAUUUUAUAUCAAAUUCAAUUAUAAUUGAUGGUACACUUGAAUUAUUAGAUAAAAUAAUUCAUAAUGAUGUGAUAAUUACAACACAAGUUGUAACAUUUGUUGCAAGAAUGAUACCUAUAUUUGAAAAUGAUGAACAUUUAAUUGGAAAAAUAAUUGGUAUUCUUAUUAAUUUUGCAACAAAAAAUGCUAAACUUGUGAUAAAUGCUCAUAUAAAUUCAAAUUUAAUUCAAGUUAUGACUAAGCAUGCAAAUAAUGCUGAUGUUAGUGCAAAAUGUUGUACACUUAUUUGGCUUAUGGCAAAAGAUUCAAUCACAAGCGAUCUACGCAGUAAUCACGUAUUACUUCUUGGCAUCCUCUUAGAUAUUCUUCAAAAACAUCCAAAUAAUAGUGAUAUUUUUACUAAAGUAUGCUUUGCAUUUUUACCAUUCAUUUUUGAAAAAUCAACGAUCGAUUAUUUAGUACAAUUCAAUCUUGUACGUUAUUUUACUAUUGGUUUACAGAAAUACAGUAAUGAUCGUAAUGCAGUUAAAGCUGCACUUGCUGUUUUAUCUGAAUUAUUUAAACUUGACGAACGAUGUGUAAUGCGUUUUCUUUGCAGUCGUACGGAUGAUGGUACACUUAUUGAUUCUAUGGAAAGUUUAAAUAAAAUCUUUGAUCAAUUCAAAAAUUCAAAUGAUGUAGCACGAGGAAUAAUGACAUUAUUAAAAUCCAUGUUACCAUAUGAUGAUGCUAUUAAUGAAAUGACCUCAACACGUAUUGAAGAAAAUUUACUUUAUGAAAUUAAACGCUUUCAUUCAGAUAAUAAUGAUAUUGCAAAAGCCUGUGAAGAUGUUAUGAUACGUAUUCGACAGCAUAGUUUUGAUUCAUCAUAA